AUGACUGAUGGUAUCAAAGACACUGAAAGGUCCAACAGGACCAAGAGCGCCAGCCUUCCAUUUCUCUGUCUCGCACAAGUCAUCAAGAGUGAUCGAAAGAAACUCAAGUUGGCUGAUAAUGGCAAAUGGGGAAAAUUGUGUCUGCAGGACCAGCAUGCUGGAAUCCUGCUUCUCCUCUCCGUGUUCACCCUGCCUUCUUCCAUAGCUGCUGCAGGUUGUGGCAGACAAGCCCGCUUAGCUCCCACAAACUCUGCACAAGAGGCUGCCACUGUCGGCGGACUCCCUUGGAUGGUGUCCCUGCAGGACCAGGACAGCCACAUCGCGUUUGGCUCUAUCCUGAGUAAAUACUGGAUCCUGAGCGCAGCCUCCAGCUUCCACAGCAGGACCCAGAUCUCAGCCCUGGCUGGAGCCUCAGAUCUAGAAGGGCACAGGGAGUCCCUGGUGCCCAUCCAGACCAUCAUCCCCCACAAGGCCUUUGACGAGAUCACCCUUGUCCACAACGUUGCCCUGCUGAAGGCAAGCACUCCGUUCCGGUUCAGCGAGACCACGCAGCCCGUCUGCUUCCCCGCACCGGACUUCCCUGUGGCAACGCUGGGGAAGUGCUUAGUGGCAGGCUGGCUGGAUCCUCGGGGAGGGAAUGGUCCUCCGCAGAAGCUCUCGGUGGAAGACGUGGACCGCUGUCCCUUGCGCAGAACCACGAGCACCGAGUGCUGCAGCCACAGGGAGAGUGGCAGCGUGCCUGGAUGCCUGGGGUCCGCAGGCAACCCAGUCCUGUGUGAGGCGGAGGGAGCGCAAGUGCUGAAGGGAGUGCUGAGUGAGGGGGGCGCCAGAUGCUACGGGCCCUUCCUUUACAGCCAGGUCAUCCACUACAGCGACUGGAUUGUGACCACAACAGCAAAAUGGGGGGCUCCAGCGUCUCCCUUUCCUGGCCAAAGGUAUUCAGCCUUUGCGGCUCCAGUGGAGGAACAUGAGGGGUUAUUGUUUGAACCCUUUUUGGAGCUGAGAGCCUUGGAUGCCUCCAAUGCCUUGGAAAAUCCUCUUAGCCUGAACCUCUCGGAAAAGCUGAAUGAGAGCAGCCUGGGCCUCCCCGAAGGGCCAGCCGAGUCGCGAGUGAAUCCUCCGCUCUACUAUGACUACUACGGCGGGGAGCUGCUCCCUCCUUCUUCAGCAGAGCCUGGCCAGCCCCAGGGGCUGAGGGCCCUCAUCGGCAUGGGCUUCCUGUUGCGCCUCCGGGCUUGCUGA